AUGUCACCUGAUGAUAUUCCUUCUACGAAAAGUUCUUCCGCAUUUCUGUCAUUAUUUUCGAGGAAGAAACGAAUAAAUCGAAAUGUUACGGAAUCAUCGGAUGAUAGUAAGAAGGUCACUUCUCCUUCUUCCACACUUUUUUUAACAAACGGGAACACUAACAGUAGCACAAAUAUCGCUCAUACCAAUGGUUAUGAUAAUUUGGAAAAUUCAGAAAUGUUGACGGUACCAUUGGAAUCAGCAAGCACAAGUUGGGCCAAAGAAUUUCAACCGUCAUCAUUCCAUCAACAGUAUGAACAAGCAAGAACCGAUUUUAAAUUUACGGAUCAUAAACGGUAUUAUAAAAAUUCCCGUAUGCAUCAGCCCAAGAAUUCUUCAUCGCCAAAAUCUGAUGUUUUAUCGAAUGUUCGAUCACGAAGUGAAAGUCGGAGUAUGUUUGAAAGAAGUCCGGAAUUACCGAUGCCGAAAAAGGCUUAUUCGAUUAGUGCGAUGAAUUAUUCAGAUCCGGGAUAUCUCAUGGAAGCACUGGAAACAUUAGCGGAUGCACAACCUCGAGUAGCCCGUUCAAUCCCGAAACAUGCCGUAAUUGAUACCAGCAAUUUUGCUGCACGAUCAUUGGAUAAUUGUCUUUUUGAUUCGACAGUGUACGAUGCAAUGCUUCAUGAUUCUCUUAAGGGGAGAAUGUUUGACAAAUGGCCAGAACCAGAUGGGACUCAUUCGCGAUCUUAUAAAAUAUUGCCCCAAUAUCCAUCAAACAAUUACAUUUUAUAG